AUGUCUACUAUUUUGACCUCUUCCCCUGAAAAUGUGAAAUGUAGAUUCGUUCCUUUGUUUUUUGAUAGCUGUUUGACUUUUGUUUACUUGAUUAUUUGUAGAUUUUAAACGUUCGCAGCCAGGUAUUUCAGAGGUUGACAUGUCCGUAUGGGAGAUGAGCCAAGUGUUUGAAUGGAACAGGUUUCUGAGUCUCUACGCAACAUUGCGAAACAUUAGGGAGUCUCGGAAAGUUUUCACGCCCCCGGAAAAUACACAGUCUAAACUGAGGAGGCGGAGGCGACGGCGGCGUGAAAGUGAGCUGGGAAGGGAAACCCAUGACUUCCGUGAUUUUUCCUCCCGAGGGAAACCAAACUCAAACCGGCCCUAUAAAAGGGCCGGCUUGACGACAUUCUGUUCAAUCUCGAGAGCUGGACCGGACUGUGGUGCACAAGAGCAGCCAUCCUGUGGAAAUUUAUCGCAAAACAAUUGGACGUCUCGUCCCUUCAGCCGUAUGCAUGUGCGCAUUGUUGGGAGGGGAAUAUAAAGACAUGGAAAUUGGGCAACAUGAGAAAAGAGACCACAACCGUGGUCGUGUAAGGUGUCUGGACGCGUUCAUGGUCGCCUCCAUCGUCGCCCUGUUUGCAGCGCUGGGUGUAUUGGCUGCCGUGUGUGUUCCGCCUGUUAUGGAGUUGCAAUCCAAAGUAAACACUGGGCUGCAAGAGUAUAAAGUUGGAACGGAAGAACCAAGUGUACCCACACAGAGGCAGAAUUUUGCUUAUUUGGAGGCAAGUUCAAGUGAAUUGGGGAACGCAACCUUCAAGUGGGAGCCAGUCUACUACAGCAACAGGACGACUGUCGGAAGCAACUUCUUAUUUGACAACGAUCAACACUGGCUGCAACCGCUCCGUACGGGCAGUUACUUCAUAUACCUCAAUCUUAACCUGACCUGCACAUACAGAUGCAGCAGUGGCCUCCUGAGUGUGCGUGUGGGGGACAUAUUGAGCUGCCAAGUGAAGUUGCACGCUAAGUCCAAACAAGAGAGCAAGAACUGCUGGACAGUGCACAGGUUGGAAAGCGAAAAACAGCUGCUAACACAAAUGAGCGUGGAUGAAGGGGGAUUGAAGGACUGGAAGCUGGAGCUCUACGGUUCUAAUUUGGGAGUGUUCCGUGUGGACUGAAAACAAGUAAACAAGUAACCCGACUAAAGAGGGGAAUGGCACAAUACACUUUACAGAGCACACCUGUAAAAGGGCAUCAAAGCGAAGAAAGUUCAAUCAGGAAGCAGAUAUGGAUUAAACAUUGACUGCCUUUUUUUUUAGUAAUGUGCAUAUUUAUUUAACGUAAUGUGACUAUUUAUGUUGCCAGUUGCUCGAUGUCAGAUAUGGUGUUACUAUAAGUUGAUAACACUAAAUUUUUAUGAACACUUUAAGUUCCACUUGUAGUUUUUAUUUGAGUUAAUAUUUUCUUAAUGGAUUCCAGGUUCCCAUCUGUAUUCCCUUCUUGCAGCACUGCACCACUGCAGUAAAUGACUCAUUUGUUUUUAUUAACCAUAUAAAAGCUGAAGUUUUGAAUUGCUAUUCAACAUAAAUACAGCUGUAAAUGAGAUAAAAUAUUUUUCUCAGCAAUUCAGUCACCGGUCACAUCCAUAAAAGCCUGUUUAAGAAUAAGUUUUCCAACUUCAACGGCUGCAAAGUUAUUCCAAAACUCUUUUUUUGAUCUACUCCAUGGCUGCCAUUGAUGUCACUAAAUGUCCAAUCAGGUUGAACCGGGAGUGCUGACCGUGAAUGGCCACUGCAGGUUUAAGUGCAAAUGGUGCAAAAACCCCGACUUUUGGGUUUCUUUAAUAGUAAAGUACAGCAAAAUGCUGUCACAUAUGUUGUAUCAUGUUUAACAUGUGGAUUUGCAAAAUGCGAUAGAAGAAUGUAAGUCCAAUGGACAAAUUGCAUUGUGCUGAUUGUAUCCAUAUUACAAUGGAGGUAAACAUGAGCUCCUUUGCGUUUACGCGUGCGUGUGAAAAGGAGAAAAUGACGUCUGUGAAAGUGAUUGCGGCCGAAUCACAAGUGGAAUAUUUGAAAAGUGCUUAGCGAAGGGGAAAGUUCCCUGUUGUUGCCUGUAGCGGGAAGACACAGUGCAUCACUUCCUGUUUAUUUAUUUUGAAUUUCUGUUUAGGCAAAAAAAGGUUGAGCCUUUAACUGUGUAUGACCACAGAAUUAUAUAUAUUAAUGUAUAUGCACAUGUAUGUUUGUUUGUUUUUGUAAUUCAUGGAUUUU